GCCAUGACCGGUGGGCAAUCCCACUGUGGCGUACCUGUCAAACGAAUUCUUGUUUUGGUAUUUUGCUAUAGUUAGCAAAUCAUCUAAUCAAUUUUUAGAACAAUCAAUGAAAGUUGUGAAAAUUGUACAGUUUUCAGUAUUUUCAACAGUUCGCGCCUCCGACUGAACCACACUGCACAGUUAUCGGUCGCGCCCGGAACGACCCCAUAAAAGGAUAAAAUUCGUAUCGGUGCUAGAGAACGUCAAGAAGAAGAAGGUGAUAAAUCUGCAAAUGCAAAACAAGGAAAAUUAAGCGCACCACCACGUACUGCAUAACAAUAGAACCCUAGCACGAGCGUAGAAAGUUCAGGGAAAGGCGUGAACGAAGCGUGAACAUUGUUGUGUAUGCUUGCCGCCUAGCCGCUCCUAGUAUCGGUAUCGUGACAUUGGGGGUGUGCGGUGUGAAAUAUCUCCACGGAGUCGGCCAUGUUUUGCAUAAUAUGAUAAAGAUGUCGUCAGCUGCUUUCGUGGAUCGGUGUUGAGAUCGGAGUUAGGAGCUAGCUUCUAAACAGCAGUCACAAAAAACAACCCAACACUCAGCCACAUGAUGCAUUGGAUCGUGAACCUCGAGGGUGGGCCCAGGCGCGUUAACCAUGCGUCCGUGGCGGUGGGUGAGUUUAUCUAUUCGUUCGGUGGAUACUGCACGGGAGAAGAUUAUCACUCGAACAGCGCCAUAGAUGUACACGUUCUGAACACGCACAACAUGCGCUGGGCACCGAUCCCCGCGGUGGAGGAUGAGAACGGUGUGCCGUGCAAAUACCCGGAGGUGCCGUUCCAACGGUACGGCCAUACGGCCGUUGCCUUCGGAAGCAAAGUGUACCUGUGGGGCGGACGCAAUGAUGAGAUUGUGUGCGACAUACUGUUUUGCUUCGAUACGAAAACACGCAAGUGGACGCGACCGUCGGUUACCGGGACGGUUCCGGGAGCCCGUGAUGGACAUUCGGCCUGUAUCUACGAUGAGCGGAUGUACAUUUUUGGUGGGUUUGAGGAGAGCAUAGAUAAAUUCUCCUGUGAUGUGUACUACCUCGAUCUGCGCACGAUGCACUGGACGUACGUGAACACGCUGGGGGAACCACCGUCCUACCGGGACUUUCAUUCGGCCACCGUACUGAACCACCGGAUGUACGUGUUCGGGGGACGGAGCGAUGCGGUGGCACCGUAUCAUUCGCAGGAGGAAAUCUAUUGUCCUAACAUAAAGUAUCUGGACCUGAGGGCGGAUCGGUGGUACACGCCCAAAACUACGGGCGAAAUCCCUGUCGGGCGAAGAAGUCAUUCUGCAUUUACCUACAAUAACAAAAUUUACAUCUUUGCGGGAUACAAUGGCAAUAUAGACAAACAUUUCAACGAUCUCUACUGUUUCGAUCCCGAGCGAAACGUUUGGCGGCAGGUAACGCCGCAAGGUCAAGCGCCACGAGCCAGAAGACGCCAAUCGUGCUUGGUAAUUGGCAAACGGAUGUAUCUGUUCGGUGGAACCUGUCCCACGAACAACGGUGAUCCGUCGUCGUUUGAUUAUAGCGACACGCACGUGCUGGACUUUGAACCAAGCUUGUGCACCUUGGCCAUCAUAAAGGUUCUGGAAUACAGGCUCGACAUUACAAGCUUACCUCAGGACAUCAGAAUCGAGAUACGAAACAUGUCUACACCAAACAAAAUCGGGCGAUCUCUUAACAAAGGUUGAACGACGACGAGAAGCGCAUAGAAGCAGAUACGAGUCGAACUGACGGGAAGAAGCAAAGCAAAAGUUAUAGGAAAUAAAACAUUUUUGGUUCGUUCAUAUGUUGUAAGUACCAUCAAGUCAUUAAUUGAAUUUUUGGCGCAUACAAACCGUAAAUUAAGUAAAUUUAUUUCUGGUCAAAUAAAUUUGUUGAAAUUGUA